AUGGCAACGAAAGAGGAAGAACCUUUAAAGGAACAAAAACCAAGAAAGAAAAAAUCUUUAAGAGAUAAAAUAAAUUACAUACGGGAGAAUAUAACAGUAGAACCAGUUUUAAUUACAUCCGUAGUUCCGGGUGUCCUAGCAAGAUUGGCUACUCAAAAUUUAAAUCUUGAUAAAGCCUGUCGAGUGAAUUUGCAAUAUGGAGAUACUGUCUGUAAUGCUCUUAUUGCAAAAGAAGGAACUAAAUAUCAGAGUCAAGAAUUAAUUGUUCAAGAACUCAUAGCGUCUAUGGAAGCUUGGAAAAAUAUAAUUUUGACCGCCAUACCAAGUUUACUGAUAUUAUUUAUAGGAGCAUGGAGUGAUAGAACGGGGAAACGGAAGAUAUGUAUUUUGCUUCCUAUAGUUGGUGAUUUUCUCACGUGUUUGAGUAAUAUACUGAACGCUUAUUAUUUUUACGAAUUACCAGUUCAAAUAACCAUGUUCUUCGAAGCCUUCUUUCCAGCCAUUACUGGUGGAUGGAUCACAACAUAUAUGGGCACUUUUAGUUACAUUAGUGAAAUAUCAAGUGAAGAAACGAGAACAUUUAGAGUGGGUAUUGCUAACUUAUGUCUAAGUGCUGGAGGGCCCAUAGGCACUGCACUUAGUGGGAUAUUGCUGAAACAUAUCGGAUACUAUGGAGUAUUUUCAUUAAGUUCAUUGUUAUUUUGCUUCAGUAUAUGUCAUGGGUUAUUUUACUUAAAAGAUCCAGAAAGACCAAAAUCUGAUAAAAAGGAGGAUAAGCCUACCAUACUUGGAUCUGUGAAAUCUUUUUUUGAUUUAAAACAUGUAAAAGAUACCAUAACUGUAGCGUUCAAAAAGGGGCCUAACAAUCGUCGAAUAAAGUCAAUCUUAGUUCUAGCCUCCAUCGCUUUUAUUUAUGGCCCAUCUUACGGUGAAUUCACUGUACGGUACCUCUUCACUCGUUACCGUUUCAACUGGGAUGCACUGAAAUACAGCUUUUAUAAUACUUUCUAUAUCUGCAUACACAUUCUAGGAGCCUUAAUUUCUGUCAGCAUAUUUAGUCGACGAUGGAAAUGGGGAGAUGCAACUCUAGGUCUUUUAUCGGUUGUCAGCAAGAUCGUCGGUGGGUUGUGUACAGGAUUGGCCAGGAAUUCUUUAGAGAUGUAUCUCGCUGUCGCUGUAGAAAUGUUUAACGCAACGUCCUUUACAGCACUCAGAUCAGUUUCUUCUAAACUGGUAACAAGUGACGAAUUGGGUAUGAAACAUUGUUUA